UAUGAAGUUGACAUGAUAAUAAGAUGUCCAGUGAAUGUGUUCCACCAAGUCUACUGAGCAGAGAAAAACACAGUAAAUCGAGCGGAACUUGUAAAUCCCAAAACAAGUUCAAGCAAGGUAACACAAGCGUCGCAGGAAUGGUGGGCGGAAACAGAUUACCUUGGAACUGGUUACGACUUGGCCUCUUCUUGGCGCUGUUCACUCAGUGUCUGGCCAAGAAACUGGAAUGCAUGCCGGCCUCCUCUGACCAAAAACGGUAUACCUUCAACGUAGGUGUUCUGAGCUCUCAGCCGGGACACUCCUUUCAGAGCUUUAUGACAGCACAUAUCAAGAACAACGAGACGGCAGUAAAAAACUGCUUCGAGUCGCCGUCUGUCGUCAACAUGGACAUCGCUCAAGACCUAAAAAUCCCGGACUCAGGGUGGACAAAAAUCAAGAACAGGAUGAACAUCCAGGUUAUUGACCAGGCGAAUCUAAGCAGUGAGCACGGAUUGACCGUGGUCAUCGGCCCCUUCUACACCAACAUGGCCAUGAUCCUCCAGAUGAACGGCAUUCCCUAUGUCGUCACAGACUACAAGGGCUUUGAUUGGAUAGACAGCAAUCGCGUCACGGACUCCGUCCAAUGGCACUCAGUGGUAGAAAUGAGACCUGCUGCAGCAGAGAUCAAUCUGGCUAUCGUUGAUAUAUGUAGGGCACAUAACUGGACGAGUGUCGUGGUCGUUUUGCCAGAUAACCCCAGGGAGAACCAAGAAUGCAAAGACUUGGUUAACCAAAUGAUCCAGAGCCAUAUUUCACCAAUACCGUACGCCCUCAGUCUCGGAAACACAGCCAAGACAAGUGAACAGACGCAAGAUGUUCUCCGAAACGCACAGAUGUUAGAACAGCGCGUGGUACUCACGUGCAGUCCAAGGGACGAAAAAGACAAGCUUAUUGAAACAGUUUUACAUGAGGCAAUGACCUUUGGUCUUCUGGAAGAUGAUCAAAAUGUGUUCAUCCUCCUUGAUACGUCCAUGUACCUUGAACCACUCAAAGAAAUGAACAUGUACAGGAAGGGGUUAUAUGCCGCCAGGUGUCGCCUGUAUGCCUUCCGGUACACAUUAAAUAAGGUCAACUUGACCAGCAGUCAAGAGGCCACAAUCACUGACGCCGCUGAGCUGGUCAACAGAGCCCAAACUCGUUACCUCCAAAUGUCUGAUGGUUACUUUGAUCCAGACUUCUCCAAAAAGGACUUCCUGGAAGCGUUGCGCCAGGUAACCUUCGACUCCCCAAUGACUGGUCACGUGCAGUUUAACGACGAAGGAAAGCGCGUGAAUUAUACAUUACUGCUCGUUAAUCACGGUGGAAUGGGCCUUUUUCACAAGGUUGGAGAAUGGAAUCCAAAUGGCUCGAGCGUCCAGGACCGAUUACGAUUGUUUCCGUCGAGUCGAGGCAUUGACGACGACCAGGGUAGCAUCUUCGACAACGUCCUCAAAGUCGUCGUCGUCAUUGAGGAACCGUUUGUCAUUCGUCGGGAAGGCCGGAAUGGCCAUAGUUACGAGGGAAACGAUCGCUACGAAGGGUUCACCAUCGACAUCCUCAAGGAAUUGGCUAAGGUCCUCCAGUUAAAGUACGAGAUUUACGAGAGUCCAAAUAACGUUUACGGAUCGGAAAACGCUAACGGCUCGUGGAACGGCAUGGUUGAGGAGGUACUUAGUGGGAGAGCCAAUCUAGGAAUGGGCGCCAUUUCCAUCACGUCAUCGAGGGAGAAGGUGAUUGAUUUUAGUCUUGGAGUAAUCAGCACAGGCGUAAACAUGCUAAUCAAGAAACCCAAGGAGGCAAAGAACAUUUUCCAGUUCAUGGAGCCGUUCUCUUUGUUCUUGUGGUUGGCCAUUGUAGGCGCCUCUAUCAUUGUUUCUAUCAUUCUGUUCGUCCUCGACUACACCAACCCCGAGCGGCAGUUCACGGUCAAAGAAACCUUGUGGUUUUCAAUCGGCACACUGCUCAUGCGUGGAACGGACUUCUCACCACGUCCGACAUCACAGAGAAUCAUCACGGCUGGGUUCACGUUCUUCGUUCUCAUCACCGUCACUACGUAUACAGCAAACAUGGCAGCCUUUCUCACAACGACCAACCUGGAACAGCCUGUUACGUCACUGGAAGAGCUCGCGGAGAGGAGCGACAUCGAGUGUGGCACCAUUGACAAAUCUGCCACAAUGAAAUUCCUACAAGAUGGCAGUAAGUCGGUGUAUAGAGAAAUCUGGAAGAAGAUCCGUCAAUCUGAUCACGGAUUGGUGCAAAACUCCACUGUGGGCAGGCAACGAGUGGAACAGGGUCAUUAUGCGUUCAUAUUUGAUUACCUGAUCAAUUUAUAUUCGGAGAAAAACUACUGCGAGACCAAAAUGGUGGGCAUACCUGUCCGAUUACAGGAACAUGGGAUUGUGAUGCCAGCCGGGGCCUCCUUCAAAACUAGAAUCAAUAUCGGCCUCGUACAACUCAAUGAGAGAAAUUUUAUUCAAGACAUGCAGAAAAAGUGGUGGGACAACAAGCGUAAGUGUGACAACGGAAAGUCCGGUCGUUCGUCCACGCAGGUCGAGUUUUCCAUCAGCCAUAUGGCGGGUGUCUUCAUCGUUGGCGGUUUCGGCAUGGCUUGCUCCGUGGCUUUUUUCCUCUUCAAGAAGUUUUACGUGCUUGCCAGGAAUGACGAGGAGAAAGACAAGAUGCCAGAGAGUGUUUUACUGGACAGUUCACAAAAAAUACCAGGAGACAUGUUAUAGAAUCGUCAAAACAAUGGAGGAGGAAUGUUUUGCAAUAGAUCAACAGCUCAGGAACAUUGAUAAGGUUUGGAUAGCCCGAGAUUCCUCUGGCCCUGAGAGGUAUAUAUAUAUAUGAUGUACUUAAUUAUGUGACUAAGAGAAGUAUAUAUAUCUAUGAUGAACUUAAUUAUGUGACUAAGAGAGGUGUAUAUAUCUAUGAUGUACUUAAUUAUGUGACUAAGAGAGGUAUAUAUAUCUAUGAUGUACUUAAUUAUGUGACUAAGAGAGGUGUAUAUAUCUAUGAUGUACUUAAUUAUGUGACUAAGAGAGGUAUAUAUAUAUAUGAUGUACUUAAUUAUGUGACUAAGAGAGGUGUAUAUAUCUAUGAUGUACUUAAUUAUGUGACUAAGAGAGGUAUAUAUAUCAAUAGUGUGUAUUUCAUUGUCAGACUA